AUGCCUUACCCGGAACGCACGUUGAAACAUGUUGAUACGAAACCACGAAGUCCUACAAUUGCUACCAUGGAACAAUUCCUCCGAGGUAAUUGGGAUUCCUCUAGGAUGUCACCAACCUACUCUCCCACCUCUCCUUCCCCUUCUUCUCCUUUCUUUGAGAGGAUGAAGAACCAUGACCCUGAAGAAGAUCAAAGUCUCUAUCAGAGAAAAUCUGUUCUCGCCAAAGUGAAGGAGAGGGCCAGGAAAUUAGUAUUGCGUAACAGCCUCAGCAGGAAAAGACAGGACGACGAUAAUAUCACUCCAUCUUGGGGCGUUAGCUUAGAAGACGAAGAAGGAGAAGAAGAAGAAGAUGCCGAGUACCUUGGAGCUCCAAUCUAUGAAUCAGAGUUGGCACCAGAUGAAUACAAAGAAAAUGCAAGACAACAUCCAAGAGCGAAUCCAGUAAUAUCCGAGAAGCGCGUUUUGAAGAUAGUGAAACCAGGAGAGCAAGAUCAAGAAAAUGCACUUAGUCCUAUCAAGUCCCCAACAACAAGAACAACAUUUCCUCAACUUGCACCAAUAACUACAAAUAGUUCAAAUCAGAACAUGACAAUGACUAAUCAGAAACCAACACUAUCCAACGUUGAAGGAUCAAAUGCAUCAUCUCAUUCUGCACCCUCAAAAUAUGGUGUUUGUUCUAUAACCCCUGUUGCUCCUCUUAGUUCAUCAAUGAUGCAAAAUUCAUCAUCAUCAUCUUCAUUUUCAUCUGCUCCAUCGAGUGCGAAGAAUACUAUUAGCCCUAAAAGUUCAUAUCCUUCUCAAGCAUUAAUGAGUCCUAGAAGAAGUAGUUCUAAUGGUAUUGGUGUGAUAGAGAAGGUGAAAGGAGCUGUGAAUUCUUUUCUAAGAAAUGAUGUACAACCACAACAGAAAAAUGUUGUAAAAAAUCCUAUAACACAUACUAAUUCUUCACAAAGAAACAACACUACUCAAGAAGUUGGUCAAGGAGUUGAGAACCGUGGGAGACUUCUUCAGACAAAUUAA